CAGUGGGACAGCCCGACCAAUCAGCCCAGGGGGGACGGAUUUCCUGAACUCGGAAUCCCCCAGCCAGCUCCAAUGUGACAGAUUCGAGUAACUGGAGGCAGUAGGUGAGCAGCUGUGAGGACAGAGAGGGGCCAGGGACAGAUGCAGGGUGCCGAAAUGGAGGGAUCUAAUAAUAACAGCGGCAAACAGAAGCCCCUUCCGAAAGUGAGAGAACUAUUCAAGAACCAGAGGAAAGAAUCGGAGGGCUCCAUGGAAUCUCCUAACCUGGAGUUUGAAUAUGGGGACUCUGACACCCUUAUGGCUGAACUUUCAGAACUCUACAGUUACACCGAGGAACCUGAGUUCGGUUUGAACAGAGACUGCUUUGAGGAAGAUUUCCGGAGCCAAGUGAAGCAGAAGAAGUGGACAGAACUGGACCUUUCAGAGCAGAAGGCCUAUGUGAUGAGACUCUUGGACGCACUGGAGGUUACAAACCGGGAUAAAAGACUGAAAGUGGCCCGAGCCAUUCUGUACUUGGCACAAGGUGUAUUUGAUGAGUGCGACUCUGAGCUGGAUGUGCUCCACUGGUCUCGACACAACAUAUUCCUCCUGUAUGACAUGGGGACCUUCACUGCGCUGCUGGAGCUGCUCAGCAUGGAAAUAGAUAAUAACCAGGCUUGCAGCAGUGCUGUGAGAAAGCCAGCUAUUUCUCUUGCUGACAGCACAGAGCUCAGGGUUCUGCUGAGUAUCAUGUACCUCAUGGUGGAAAUCAUUCGCUUGGAGACAGAAGAGGAAACCCCAGAGUGGAAAACAGCCAGAGAGACAUUCAGGACAGAACUAGGUUCCCAGUUGUAUAAUGGAGAGCCAUUUGCUCUUCUUCUGUUUACCAUGGUGACCAAGUUUUGCAGCAUGAAUGCUCCACACUUUCCUAUGAAGAAAGUCCUUUUGCUGCUCUGGAAAACUGUCCUGUUCACUCUGGGGGGGUUUGAAGAGCUGCAGGAGCUGAAGGUGAAGCGACGAGAGAAGCUGCAUUUGCCUGCCCUUCCCGAGGACAGCAUUAAGGUGGUGCGCAGCAUGAGGGCCGCCUCACCCCCCGCCUCAGCCAUGGAGCUCAUCGAACAGCAGCAGCAGCAGAGGCGAGGACGACGCAGCCGCAGGAUGGCCUUUACUGAUAGCUUGGAAGGCGACAGUCCCUUUCUCAAGAAACAGCCCCUGGUGAAGCAGGACAGCCUGGACACCUACAAUGAGCGCGACCCCUUCAAGAACGACGAGGCGAGGGACGAGGAGGAGGACAAUGACGACGCGGACAGCGGCAUCGAGGGCGAGGUGGACCCCCUCGACAGAGACGUCAUCAUCCAGCCACCUCCCCCACCACCGCCCCUCCGGCCCCCAACGGAGAGGCUGUCCUUUCCAAAGGGGCUGCCCUGGGCUCCCAAAGUCAGAGAGAAAGACAUCGAACACUUUCUGGAAACGAGCAGAAAUAAAUUCAUCGGCUUCACCCUUGGAAAUGAUACAGAAACAUUGGUUGGUCUGCCAAGACCCAUCCAUGAAAGUGUGAAGACGCUUAAACAGCACAAGUAUGUCUCAAUUGCAGAAGUCCAGAUCAAGAGAGAGGAUGAGCUUCAGCAGUGUCCAAUGACCAUGGGAGAAGAAGAGGUGGAAGAGAUGCCAACUGAAAUUCUGUAUGUGGGAAUGUUAUCCAACCUGUCUCAGUAUGUGAUAGCCCUGCUAAAACUGCUGCUAGCUGCCGCUCCUACCUCAAAGGCCAAGACAGACUCCAUCAAUAUCCUGGCCGACGUCCUACCAGAGGAGAUGCCGGUUACAGUUCUGCAGAGCAUGAAGCUGGGAAUCGAUGUGAACCGACACAAGGAAAUUAUUGUCAAGGCCAUUUCAGCUCUUCUCUUACUGCUUCUAAAGCACUUCAAACUGAACCACAUCUACCAGUUUGAGUAUGUCUCUCAGCACUUGGUGUUUGCCAACUGUAUACCUCUGAUCCUGAAGUUCUUCAACCAGAACAUCAUGUCUUACAUCAGCGCCAAAAACAGCAUCUACAUGCUGGAUUUCCCACACUGCGUUGUGCACGAGCUGCCGGAGCUCACCGCCGAGAGCCUGGAAGCUGGGGACAGCAAUCAGUUCUGCUGGCGGAACCUCUUCUCCUGCAUUAACCUGCUGAGGAUUCUCAACAAGCUGACCAAGUGGAAACACUCCAGAACAAUGAUGCUGGUGGUGUUUAAAUCGGCUCCCAUCCUGAAGCGAGCUUUGAAGGUGAAACAGGCCAUGAUGCAGCUGUACGUCCUGAAGCUUCUCAAGAUCCAGACUAAGUACCUAGGGCGGCAGUGGAGGAAAAGCAAUAUGAAAACCAUGUCAGCCAUCUACCAGAAAGUGCGUCACCGUCUCAAUGAUGACUGGGCCUAUGGCAACGACAUUGAUGCGCGGCCCUGGGAUUUCCAGGCGGAGGAGUGCGCCCUGAGGGAGAGCAUCGAGAAGUUCAACUGCCGGAGGUACGACAAGAACCCCAAUGGCGAGUUCAGCCCCGUGGACAACUGCCUGCAGAGCGUGCUGGGGCAGAGAGUGGAGCUCCCGGAGGACUUCCGCUAUAGCUACGAGAUCUGGCUGGAGAGAGAGGUCUUCUCCCAGCCCAUCCGCUGGGAAGAGCUGCUACAUCCAGAGUAAAGGCCAAAGCAGGCAGCACAUUGUACGGAAGCCAGACGCACUCACGCUACAACACUGCAGAGUGGGCAUACAGCCAGUCUGCAUGCACUACUUUAUGUGCCUACUACUCUUUCAGAUUGUUUUAUUUUAUGGUUUUAGUCUUUGCCUCCCUUUCAAUCAUCAACGUGUGAAGUGGGAAGGUAGUGCAAAAGCAGAAAAGGCCAAAUGUUUUCUAUUUUCCCUCACUCUGGUACUGCCUUGCUUUUUAUGUUUUGCCUAUGUGUUUUUAGCUCAUCAUAUACUCCGAAUUGUCAUAUUUGCCUUUUGAUAAGAGUCCUGGCAAUCAAGAACACAUCCAACAGUUGUUUUAAUACACCUUCCUACCUACAGUUGCUGAAAUGUUACUGAUUUUUCAGUCAGCCAAAGUAUAAAUCAGAUUUUACUAGUAUGUUUAAGUAAGUGUGAGCAUAAACAUUUUUGUUGGUAAACUGCCUUACAUAUUAGUCCUCUCCACAGUUUGCGAGAGCUUUACAUGUAUUUUUGUACCCUAAAACCAAACUGAUUAUUGUUUUUUUUAACGUUUUAGAUGACAAAUUCAAUGCACCUAGUCAUGUUAUCUGAAUCUAUUGAGGUGCAAAAUAACAUUAAUUCACGAUUAUCAGGUGGGUGGCACAAAUGGAAAAAUCACACAAGGCACCAUUUGGCUCCGUCUCUUUUUAGUCAUACAAAAUGUCAUCGAUUUAAGGGACAGUGUUUUUGUUUCAAGGACUGACUCAUCUGUUAGUAACUCCUGAGUAAACAUAAACCAGCUUCUCUCAAUGCAUUGACGCCCUGAGACUAAAUCAUAAAUAUGAUCUGGAAUUCUUGUUGCAGAUGCAUAAUCAAUGAAAACAUCUUUCUUCCUUCAUGAUCUGGAUGCAUGCUGUCAUAAAUGGUGAUUAAAGUACAUGCUUACCCUGCUGAACAGGCGAGCUCUGUCUUUUAGCAGUAGCGAAUAUGUGCUCCUAACCUGGAGUUGGAUAACUGUGUAGUCAUUAGACUAAAAGCAUUGCCGCAGGUGUCCGAAAGGAGUGUGCCACCUUUUUUUGGAGUAAGCUACAGUGACAUGCCUGAUCACCCCUCGGCACAACAUGUCCCCAUUGCUAACUCAGGGUAAAGGGAACUAAGGAUGGGGCGGAUUUGCAGAUCAAAAAUACGUCAGCUCCUACUGAGGGGAAAGUGUAAUUAUCGAUGCCUGCGGCAGAUCUUUACAGUGCGACCAAGUGACCCGGCUCUUUUGACAAAGUGUUAGUGUGUGAGCGCUGUCAGAUUCAGGUCCUGCACACAUUCCUCCUGUUGACACAAAAGCUUACGCCCUGCUGAGAGAGUGUCCCAAGUGGGUAAAAGCACAUUUGAAUGUGUUUUUAGUCAUCAUCUCUGUGGGCACUUGCCAUGAAAUCUGAGUCUCAACAGGAAUGGUCUCACAAAUGAACAGCUCAGGAUUUGCUGUGCAGUAACACACAAGCACAUGCUACUGUUUAAAAAUGGUCAACUUCCACCAGUACUUGUAAAAAAAAUGGACUUUUUAUUUGUUUGUUUGUUUGUUUGUUUGUUUGUUUGUUUGUUUGUUUGUUUGUUUGUUUGUUUUGUAUCGGCGGUCCGUGGUGGCCAUGUCAGACAAGGCUUGGCAGUUCAAAGCUGUUCUCUCACAUCUGAUCUUUGUAAUGCCUGGUGUUAUUUCUCAAAGGCUCUGAGAACAGAAAUGUCCAAAAGAUGGAUUGGGAAGUGUGCAAUUGUUGCCUUUUAUGCUGCAGUUUGCUUGUAGGUAAAUAUCUUCUGUUGUAGCUGCGUUGUUUAUUUCAGACUGAUUGGUGUCUUUUUAGUUGUAAAAACUGCAAGUGAUUAACAGCACAACUGCAAAUCGAAAUUUAACCAGACGUGCAAAAUUAACUGUUCUUUAGAAGCAACAGAUGCUAAAUAAUACUACUGCUAAACUACUGCUAGGAAUCUGGACUUGAUUGAAGUCUCUGCCUUUGUAGGGCCAGAGGAGUCUGUAAUGUAAUGUACUUCAGACACUGCCGUUAACUUUGAUGAAAGAAGUUAGUUUCAAGCAUCCUCUUAUGUGGUUACAUCAUUUUUGUAUCUGUUAUAUACUGUAAAAUGAAGAUGGCAUUGGUGUGUGAAAAGCUGUAGCUUUCCGACUUGGCCUUCCAAGGCCAGUCUUUCAGAAUAUCUGAGCCAAAUGUCCCACAGCGGUGAAUCAUACAAUACUUGUGUAAAGGAGUGAACACACAAGAGUCCUUGGAAGGCAUGUCAUACAGUAACUGAGAGAUUUGUAUUCAGACAUUUGCACCCACAAGGUUGACUGCUUAUUUAUUAGAGGAAAAAGUGAGAUGGUUUUAAUGAUGAAUGGAUAAAAAGAUAAAGGUUUUGCUUUUCUGCCCCAGUUACUGGCAGAGAAUGUUUCUUUACAAUAUAGAGCAUAAACAGUUUUUUUUUGCUCUUUCACAUUUGAUUCCAGGGACAUGUGUUGUGUUCAGAAGUGCCAUAAUGAAAAGCUUUGAUAUGUGUUAGUGCUUGCAUAAAAUAUCUGUUGCAUAACACAGAUAUCGAUUGCAGCUCUCAACAAUAGUGUGAAACUGUCUGUUACUGUUCCAUGCAAUAUUAUGCAUGACAGUAGUUCAGAUAAUAUCUCAAUUCAUGCAAGACACACCUUUUUUAAUUAAGUACUUCCAAACCAUUCUGCUCUUUUGAACAUUUUUCUAACUGUUUGUAUGGCAUAAUUUUAAAUACCAUAAUAAAAACCCUUUAUAGUCUUUAUAGUCUGUUGCUUGUUUGAAACCUAUGGUUAAUUACUGUUUGUACCAAUUAAAAUGUACUAUUAGGGUUCAGCUACACACAAAAUUCCAUUAUAAAUUUUGAUGUGUUUGGCACACUACACAUAAUGGACAUUAAGAGUUUGUUUCUUUUUGAGAAUUUAUAAAUUCUUAAAAAGAGAAUUAAAAAAAAAUUAUUCCUUUUUCUUGGGAUCAAUGUGUAUUUUUACCAUUAUGAAUAUCUCGGUGUCAGAAAUCCUGCAAAGACUUAUUUGUGCGUGAUAAAGAAAAUGUCAGCGUGUCCCAUGAAAGCCAGACCGGACGUUGGUCUGUCCAAAAUGAAUCGAGUGAUUUGUAACAUAGAAGAAUGCUUUCCACUUGUAAGACUGUUAAAAUUAUACCACUUUGUUGACUCACAUCAGAAUUGGUCACUUUUUCUGAAGGUUUUAAAGAGCUUUACAAGCUCAGGGUGUACCACUGUUGGGAUGUCUCCUGUUGCCUCUGUGACAAUCCCUAAACACUAUUCUCCAGCAACGAAUAAAACAUUGGUUUAGAGAGAGAAAUAAUAAUACAUUUUUUUAUCAAAGUAAUGUUUAAAAUAUUGUUUUGUUACAAAAGCCAAAUGUCUAGAUGGACAUGGUCUAGGAUAUCUAUUGUUGUGUUCAGUCUUAUUUGAAGUGGAAAGAUUCUCCAUUCAAUUACAUUAUAAUUUGCUGUGCUACUCACCUGACUUUUCAUGCAAACUGAUGCCUCAGGUUUAAUGUGCUUACUGUAUGUGUUUUUUCACAGAGACACCCAUAAUUGGAGAUUUGUGAUAUCGCUUCUACUGAAAAGCAUACUGUAGCUUUCUAGAAAGUUCAUCAUUCAGCUGUGAAAAAUAAUUUGGGAAGAGCAGGGACUCUUAGCCUUUGAAGUUAUAUUCGGCACUUUUAUAAGUGAUAUUUCUUUGAGGUUUUGGUCAAGCCUUUCUAGUGCCAAACAUUAUUCUAAUGCACAGUUUAGUGUAUUAUUGUUUAUUAGUUGCUGGGUUUUGUAUUUUUCAUUGUUGGCAGUGAAUGCCUUAUUCUCAACAAACAGGGUGUUUGUUUUCUGGUGUGAACUUGAAUCAUUAUAAACAAACUGCAUUUGGAAUGCUGUGUGGACUGUAAAUAUAAUAUAUGACAAUAUUACAAUGUGAAGAUGUUAAGUAUCUUUUUUAAGUAUCUGCUGUAUUAAUACAAUUUGGAAUUAGUGUGUUUGCAUAAUUUUUCCUGUGUUUUUGUUUCGGGUUAUGUGCAAUCACUAACUGAAAUGGAGAUAUCCUUUAAAAAAUAAAAGUUGCCAAACACA